GAGUCAUAGGGCAGAAGCUGUGUAUUUAACACACCUUCACUUAAAGAUGAUGCCACAUUGCUUCAUGCAGACUAGAUAUACAGGUUGUUACUCUCUUCUGAUGUGGGUAUGCUUUGUGACUUUUUGAGCUGUGGCAUCAACAGAGAGCAACAUGGAGGAGAAAAGAACUGCGUAUGAGAAAUCCGUGCGUCAGUCUCAGCGUUUGUGUGCAGGUGAACAUGAGUACGUUCUCAAGAGGAAACGAGUCGUCCUGCAGUCUCUCAACAGUCUGGGAAUCAGCUGUUCUGAAGACUCGGUCCCUCACAUCGCUCUGCUGUCUUCAGGUGGAGGUCAGAGAGCCGCCGUGGCUCUGGUGGGUUCUCUCCAUCAGAUGGAGAAAGACGGUCUGCUGGACUCAGUGCUCUACCUGGGAGGAGUCUCUGGGUCGACAUGGUCCAUGGCCUCUCUGUACAGUGACCCACAGUGGAGCAUGGGGAUGGACAGGGCCGUGUCCAGCCUGACGAGUCCAGGGGUGGAGCUGGACGAGGCUCUGUCAUGGCUGGGCGAGCGAGCGAAGGAGGAGGGCUUCUCUCUCACUGAUAUCUGGGGGGUGCUGACCUCAGCUGGAAUCAUGAAACAGAUGGACCUGCGGCUUCUUUCUGGCGAGGCUGGCCGAAAAGCCACCAACCCCUACCCCAUCUACUGUGCCAUAGAGAAGUACUUCUUCUCUGAGGGGCCUCUAGAAGCGACCUGGUUUGAGAUGAGUCCUCAUGAGGCCGGGUUCACAGACCUCGGCCUCUUCAUCGAAACGUCUCUUCUGGGCAGCAAGUUCGAGAACGGGGAGCUGCAGGAGGAGAUAGCUGAGAUGGACAUGGUCAAACUACAAGGUGUUUUUGGCAGUGCAUUGGCUCAUGAAGACAUGAUCAAAGAGUUCAUCCCUCACUGGCUGAACGUGCCCGGUCAAGAGGACGAUGCAGCUGAAGAGUAUGUGCGUCUUUACUACGCCCUCCAUAGAGUCGUAGGUCUGACCAGAAACCUCAUCCCGGAUCCCGCUGCACAGGCUGACCUCGACAAGCUGCACAAACUACUGGAGGAUGCUGAUGAGGCACAUCGUGUUGAGUACGAGUCCGAGAGUUUGCAGGACAAGGAAAGUGUUUCCCAGCAGAGGACUGAGCAGCUGCUGGCUGUGGUGGAGCGCUGGAGCCAGACUCUGGAGGAUGGAGCUUUUAAAAAUCACGUCAUGUUCAUCAUUUCGCGUGUCCUUCCUCUGAUUGUGAAGUGGGAGUGGGGAACAACCAACAACUUCCUCUACCAAUACCAAAACUGCAGUGUCCCACCUUACCUCCAAACUGAAGAGAAUUUCAACCUGGUGGACGCUGGCUUGCUGGUGAACGUCGCCUUCCCGUCAUUUCUGGGAGACAAGAGAGACAUCGACCUCAUCAUCGCUCCGGAGUUCAGCGCAGGGAACAUGUUUGAGAAUCUGACUUUGGCUAGAGAUUACGCAGCCAAGCUGAAGAAGCCGUUCCCUGAGAUAGACGAGAAAAUCCUGGAGGAGAGAGACUGGCCGAAGGACUGCUACGUGUUUGAGGGGAAAGAGAAGGAGCCCACCAUCGUGUUCAUGCCGCUCUUCAACAGAAACAACUGCAAAGAUGCAGAGGAGGUGAAAGCAAAGAUGGCGGAGUUCACCACCUUCCAGCAUUCGUACAGUCAGGAGAAAGUGGAGUUUUUGUUGGAGACGGCAACAGAGAACAUGAAGAGAAACAAACAAACUCUGCUGAGAGAGAUCAAGAAGGCGGCUGGACGCAGACGCUGCAGGAAGUCUGCCCGGGAGAGAUUCUCUGAGUCUUGUCUUUUUGGUUUGGUUUAAUGCAGACUCCUCCGGUUCCUCCUGCUUAUUAGCAUCCAGACGAGACGACGGCCCCCUCAAGCAGCGAAGACAGUCGGCACAGGAGUGCGCAGAGUAGUUACUUCAGUUUAAUUCGAUUUUAAAACAACAAUAAACAUAAAGGAACUAAGUGCUGUUUUUUUUAUCAAUUUAUGUCCCAAGUAUUUUGAAAAUGAUAAAUAUAUAAAUCUUUCACUGAUUCUCACAUUUUUACAGUAUGUACCUGACUUUAUCUCGUGGAAAAUAGAAAGUAAUGACGAGCUAGAACACAGCUACAGAUGCACCAGCUAAUACUUAGCUUAGCUUAGCUUGUAGCUACUAGGCCACAGUUAGUGAACUACUCAUUAAACACAGACCACAAAACAUUUAAACUUCAUUUUACAACAAAUAGGACAUGAUGUAAGAGAACGAAGCAACAGAGUACGCUAUACGACGCUAUAAUGAGAAUAUUAAGAGUGAACUAAAGAGUGGAGAAGAACAUCCUGGAGAACAGGAAACAUGCAGCAGCAGGUUGAUUAGAGCACAGAGAUGGUAGAGGUGGCGUGCAGACAGUCUAUGGUCGUGCAGCGAUCACAGGGAAUAAAGGUCACCACCCCCUCCCACUGGCUCCAGGUGAAUUCUCCUGAUUAUAUCCUGCUGCGUUCUCACAUCAGCUCACUCUGACUUUCUGCAGAAUAAAUACGAGGAGGCUGGAGGAGAAACUCCGGCUGAAGAGAGAAACAUUCAGCUGUUUGUGUGAUCACAUGAUGCUCAGACUAAAACACUGGAACCACAGGAAUUACAAGUGGAAGAAGUCUACAUGUCAAACAUAGACUCCAGAUUUACAGAACAAAUCAAAGAGAAUUCUCCUUUAAAGGGUUAAAAUUCUUCUCUGCUGUCUCCCUUCGAUGCACAUUAAAGAAUAAAUUGGAUUACAGUAAUCCCUCAGAUUUCCAUUUUAUUAACUGUUUUUACUAUUUAUGGAUGCUAUUUUUUAGCAACACCAAUUUCAUGUAUUUCAUUCAGUGUCGACCUUUCUUUGUUACGUUUUAAUGCCUAUGCCUUCAAGAACUGGCGCCAGAUGUUCCUCGUUAGGCGAUCAGUAGCUUCACCUGAGCAGAGCUGCAGACAAACAGCACAGGGAAACAUACAGCCGUAACACUCAGCCCUGCUCCAGGCUUUUCUAAAGAAAGUUACAACAAAGCCUCUGAUUUUCAGGCGGCUGGUUCUCAGCUCAAUAUGUGUUCAUUUAGACUGCAAGGGACACAAAUCAUGAUCCCUCAUGAUCAAUAGUCCAAGUUUUUAGUGUUUCUGUGCGUCAUCUCGUCCUUUUAUUUCCAGUUCCUUCAAGCUGGUGUUGUAUUGAAGUGCCGCUAGAGGGCGCACCACGUCAACAGGAGGAGCUGCAGUGUGUUUCUAUGUAGGUCAGAGCAUCCAUCAAAGCCUUCUGCAAACAGCUCAGCAUCCACAGUUGGUUCAUCGAGACUCUCAUUGUGUCAAAUGUUGGUUUCUCUUCUACAUCAUGUUAACAUGAACACUGAUGACUUUUUAUUUCUUCUGAUUAAAUGAAUAAAUCUGUCCGGGUUUGUUUGACCGGUUUAAACUUCC